AUGCUGUAGUAUAAUAAUGUAAGGGCUAAAUUGACAUUGAAGAGAAAAAUGUCCAGUGCCGUUGCGAAUAAGGGAGAAGAAAAACCGCUGGACUGUUCGACAAGAGAUGCGAUUGCUGAUGGAUUGGUUGAUUUGUUGAAGCCAUCGGUUGAAGAAGUUGAUAGUCGUGUGAAAACUGUCAGAGAGAGCCAGAUUGAACUGAGACAGCAGAUUGAUCUAGUGGCUGAAGAUUUAAAGAAAAUAGCCGAGCUUCAAGGAAUUCCAAUAGAUCUCGAACCCUAUGUGAAAAAACUCAACAAUUCCAGAAGAAGAGUCAUGUUAGUGAAUAAUAUAUUACAGAAUUCACAGGAUCGUCUAAACAAACUGUAUUCGAAUGUUUCUAAAGAGACAGCAAAACAGAAAGCAUUAGUUGAUCCACAGACCAAAUGAACAAGGACGACAGAAGUGAUGCAAACAAUGAUCAGAUGAAAUUCUAUGGAUAUGUCAGUUGUUAUAGUUGAAUUUUAGAGGCCAUGUUCAAGCUUUAUAAAUAUGUCUGUAUUUGAGGGGACUUAAGGGGAGAUAAUUUGAAAAUUUUUAUACAGAGGUUUAUUUCGCAAGCUUUGUGCAUUAAAUGGAUAUUUGAACACUGCCAUUCAUAAGCAGUUAUAUGCUGUAAAGAGUGGCCACUAAGACAAUUUUACUGGCAUUAUUUUUAAAUAAUUAUACAUUUUGUUUGUAAAUUAGUUCAUAAAUUAUGUAAUUGUACUAAAGCUCUCUGGCAAAGAUGACUCAGACAUUUUUGGCUGUUUUCAUUCGCCCAUUUUGAUUUUAAAGUACUCAACUUUUUUACCCUAAUCAAGAUUACUGUGGAUUCAUUUAUUUCCUUAAAUACCAAUUUUCGUAGAUUGAGAAAAACUUGUCAUUUUGUGGAUAUUUGGUUUCAUGUCUUUGUUAAAGUCUGUACAAAAGCCUUUAGAAAAUAUGUACUUCGUUGAACUUUUAAAUUCUUGGUUUACCCAGACCCACGAAAUCCACAAAAAUGUGUAUCCCACAAAUAAUGAAUCCACAGUAUUCUAGUAGCAAAUGUUAAGGAAUUAUACUUUUUCAUUAUGUUAUGUGAAUACCAAUAAUAGUGCUUGAAAUAAGUUGUUGAAGUAUUUAUGAUUUCAAAUUGGUUUUUAAGUAUUUAUGUUUGAAUUGAGAAUACUCAUAUUAAUGAUUUUGAAAAUUGCAUGUUGGAACAAAUUUAUCAUUUUAUUUAGGAAAAUAUAUACAAUUGAUUGGUAGAAGUUGACCUCUAGGUGUUUUUUUUGUAAUCCUGUGUUGUUAGGUUGCUGUUGACAUUAACCACACACUUCCUUUUGUUUAUAAAAAGUCUUUCUGACCAUUUGCAUACCUUCCCUUCUGGACAGCAAAAUAAUUCAUUUUGCCAUAUUUUUUUUUACAAUACAAUUUAAAGUGAUUGAAUUGAAUGAUUUGCAGGAAUUUAUAUUGUUUUGCCAUCUGAAAGUGCAAAAUUUCAGAUAACAAGUAAGAGUUAGUAUAUGAGGAACUGGAUGGGGAUCCAUCUUUUGUUUAUUAUUUAAUUUUUUAAACCAUUUUUCUAUAUUCUUUAUUUAUUUUGCCUAUUAUUCUCUAUUCUUUAUAUUUUAGCACUCCAUUAUUCUCUAUUCUUUUUUUUUGCCCUUUAUUCUGCACAUUUUGGCCAUUAUUCUGCACAUUUUGGCCACUAUUCUCUUCUGUAAACUUUCCAGACCCUCAUAUAUUUGAAUCAUUAAAACAUGCAAUUACAUUUUUUCUUUUGAUUCAUUUUAUCAUGAUACUCAAAUACUUAACCUCACUCCAUGAAUGAAUUAAUAGAAGUAGGAAAUUUGUUCCAAAUUACAAACAAUCUAAUAAAGAUUAGUUUUUUUGCACUGAAUUAGCCAUAUUCCAAAAUUUUAUCCCAGAAUCAUGACUUUGACUCGCACAUUGAAUUGAUUUAUGUUGUUUCCCGUAAUGGAGGGCCUCAAUGAGAAUGAAGAUAAAAAGCAAAAAGAAAAUUGAUUUGAAACUUAUUUUCAAUUGUUUUUUUGUGACUAAUGGCAACAUAACUAAUAAUUUCAACACAAGUUUGACAUGUAAGAAUUUAUUUGGUUAUGCCAACCUGAAAAUACUUCCUUGGAAUGAGAGAAAGAAAAUUUUUGAACAUGCUGAAAUUGGAUUUAAACAGAAAACGCCAAAUUUGAAGAAAUGAGGAAAAGUUGGGUCUGGAACUGCAGUUUGAAAUUUUAUGCUUAUACAAGGCCAUUCCAAAUUAAUUAUUUGUUUGUUAAUUUUUGGUGAUUUCUUUUUAAUAGAAUUGAAUUCUGUUUGCUUCUUAUUUGUACUAUCUUCACUAAUUUUUAAUAAACUUUGGUAAUAAAAGGUAUUCUUUACUUCAAAUUUAAAAAAGAUGUUUUUAAAAUACUUCAUUUUCUCAACAUAUUUUAAGCAUCUCAUCAAGUACAUUUGUUUAUUAAUUGAGAAUAAAAACCCUGAAAAAUAUCACUUGGUCCCCCCUGUUGAGUAGAAAAAAUCUGAAUAACAAAAACAUAUUUGGUGUGACCCUAUUGGAAUGACCAAAAAAGGCAGUAUGUCAAGACAGACUAUUUAUUGCAAACCAAAUGAAACUUUUCCACAGAUUCAUCUAUUGGUCAAUCUAUUUAAACUUUUGUCAGUUUUAUUGUCCCAUUGAAUAAAUACAAAAUCAGUGAGUGAUGGAUUUCUCUUAGAAGAAAUUUAAAGGUCCCAGUGAAUAAACUACACAGAGAAAUAUAGCUAUUUUAUCCUGCAAUUGGGUGUCAUACAUUUACAGCCCAACAGAUAUUGCUUUAGAGCUCCCCCCACUGCCGGACUACGUUUGUGUAUUGCUGUUGACGGGUGUUGUAUGCAUGACCUCAGAAUGUGUAUUGCAGUCGCAUUCCAAUGACGUACUGCUUGACCUGAUGCGAACUAUAGAUUAAUUUACGUUCUGUUUGUUUUCAAGCAUUUCUUUAGAGCAAUAUGAAUUCAACCCAUUUUCUGCUAACAGACAAA